GGAGACGAUCGCUCGCACAAAAUCCUGCGUCUUCAAGCCGGCCCCGGCGGGCAGGAGUUGCCGCGGAGGCCGGGCUGGUACCCCCGGGCGCCCCGGCCGCUCGUCUCUCGCAUUCCCCCCGCCGUGCUCAGCGUCACCGGCCAACACCGCGAAGGAAGCCCCCGUGGAAAAGCUGUGCGCGCCUUCCUCGAUAGCUUCCCCUCGCACAGCCGGGGGAAGGGGUGAUAGAAGAGGAAGAACUUCCCUUUGUCGUAGGAGAGGACUGAGUGACCUCCAAAGUUUUGUUCCGGGAGGAAACUGCUCGAAUAAGUUUGGUGUUUGGAAGGGGAGCGUGCUGGCCAGGCCGGGGGCUGUCAUGGUGCUGGCCCCCGCAGCAGGGAGAUAGCAGAGAUGGUGGCCUGAGGGCGCUGGCCUCACACGCAGACAUGGCCUUCGCCCAGUCCCACAUCAUGGCAGCCAGGAGGCACCAGCACAGCCGGCUCAUCAUCGAGGUGGAUGAGUACAGCUCCAACCCCACACAGGCUUUCACGUUCUACAACAUUAACCAGGGACGCUUCCAGCCCCCACAUGUGCAAAUGGUUGAUCCGGUGCCCCAUGAUGCUCCGAAGCCUCCAGGAUAUACAAGAUUUGUCUGUAUUUCUGAUACUCACUCAAGAACUGAUCCCAUCCAAAUGCCAUAUGGAGAUGUGUUAAUACAUGCUGGUGAUUUUACUGAGCUGGGACUUCCUAGUGAAGUAAAAAAAUUCAACGAGUGGCUAGGUAGCCUGCCCUAUGAAUACAAGAUUGUGAUAGCAGGAAAUCAUGAAUUGACCUUUGACCAGGAAUUCAUGGCUGACUUAAUCAAGCAGGACUUUUACUAUUUCCCCUCUGUUUCUAAGCUGAAGCCAGAGAGCUAUGAAAAUGUACAGUCUCUUCUAACAAACUGCAUCUAUCUUCAAGACUCUGAAGUGACAGUGAGGGGAUUCAGAAUAUAUGGCUCCCCUUGGCAACCUUGGUUUUAUGGCUGGGGCUUUAAUCUUCCACGAGGCCAAGCACUACUAGAGAAAUGGAACCUUAUUCCAGAUGGCAUAGAUAUUCUUAUAACACAUGGACCACCUCUCGGUUUUCUAGACUGGGUUCCUAAGAAAAUGCAACGGGUAGGAUGUGUUGAGCUGCUGAACACAGUCCAGCGACGAAUACAGCCAAGGCUUCAUGUUUUUGGACAUAUCCAUGAAGAAAUUAUAAGCCAAGAGAGUUGCAGGGGAUAUAAGCAAAGAGCAAGCCAUGAAGCUUCAAGCAGGUUAUGGUGUCAUGGCAGAUGGAACCACCACCUAUGUGAAUGCAUCUGUGUGCACUGUGAAUUACCAGCCACUUAAUCCGCCUAUAGUUAUUGACUUACCUACUCCAAGGAACACAUGAUUAUAAUGAGGAUUUAAAGUUGUACCCAACACAUAAGCAACUUUAUAAUGCUGGCUGAAAAUCCCAAUAGGGAACCAUUCAACAAAAAAAGCAAAAUCCUUCUUUUUUUCCCUGCUAGUUCUUCACAGAUAAAUUUAGAGUAACAAAAGUGGACAAGGAACAAAGACAUUUUGGUGCCAGAAACAGAUUAAAUACUAACAUUUCACCAUUAAAAUGUUUGUGAACGCAGAAAAGUGAGUGCAUUCUACAUAUCUAUAUCUAUAUCUAGAUCUAGAUCUAGAUCUAGAUCUAUAUAUAUAUAUAUAUAUGUAUAUGUAUAUAUAUAUCUAGUAGGGGCUUUUGUACAUACCGUAUACUGGACUUAUUAAAAGAACGAUGUCUUUCAAGGGAGUGUUUCUUUAAGAAAGUUUGCAGUUUAAACGUAAGUGUUUAGACUAGGACUUCUGCAUUUCAGAUGUUUUUCAGUGAGCUCUUGGUAAAAUAAAAAUGAUGGUAAAGAUGUUUUCCCUUAAUCAACAUGGCAAAUAUAAAAGAUGGUGCACAAAUGACAGUCACAGGAGGAAAGCUAUUUCUCCAAGUCCUCCAGGUCUAAGUCUUUGCAUCUAUUCAAAACCAAUGCAAUACAGGCCCUAAUUCACUGUACUGAAACGAAGUUUUACUACAUCUGGCAUUACAGAUGGCAAAGGAAAUGGUGCAUAUUGCCAGCAUGCUGUAAACAGCUCAACACUCAAGAAGGGAGACUGUAAAGUGCAGUAUAAACUCAGGAAUUUGUAACCUAGCCUUGCCUGUGAAAAAAAAAAAAAAAAAAGAAAAAGGAUGACAUUUCCCUUAAAAAAAAAAAAGAAGAAAAAUAUAACUGUGUUUUCAUGUGGUAAAGCGGUAUGUUAUUGUAUUUAAGGAAAAAAGAAAGAGAAAGAACCUGCAAAGAGCCCACCCAAUGAUUAGUAAUGGCAUUUUAAAUAAAACCCACUGGGACCAUUGGUUUAAAAACUGCUAAUGGGACAUGCAGCCAAUGAUGAGAUUACUGGUUUGAAUUUGGCCCUGGCAGGAGUGGUUAAAUGUUAUUGUGAUCAUUUUGUCCUUGGGAAACAUGGAUGUCAAGGGGAAGGCAUCAACCCAAGGUGUAGUUCAGGCACUCGCUCUUGGGUGGCUGUGAGUGAUGGGUACACACCAAAGUGUGCAGAGCAGAGGUCACCUCAGGGGACCUGGUACUGCUGUUUGUCCACUCAUGGACACUGCUGAGAGAGGCCCAGCACAAACCCAGUAGUGUUGCUUUUGGCACCAGACAAAGCAGGGGAUGUGUCAGGAGCUGGUUGAGAUGGUCCACAGCCACAGUACUGCCUGUGCAGCUCUCCUGCAGUGCUAGCAGAGGUAUUGAAGCUGCUGGAAUUUUAGUCCUGUCCUCGGCAGAAGCUUAAGAAUUGGUUACAAAGCCACCAAAAAAACCCCAGGGCUUCAGACAUGUCCUGCAAGAAAUAGAUUUCUGCCUUGAACUAACAAACAUGUCCUUCUGACUUGAUGGAGAUAAUUUAACUGCUGUAUUCUGAAUGUGGGCAUCCUGAAUUUGGGGCUGACAGCAUCUAGACAUUAAUCUUGUUCACAUACAUUGGGCACACCACAGCACUGCCAGCUCAGAGCUGGUUGCAGGUCUGUGCAUAGCCCACACCUGCACACAGGCAUUGGAGAAUUGUGUGUGUUACAUGGAUGUAAAUGUAAGUUUUAUGUAGCAGCUGCAUGUACAUUACACAAAUAAACAAUUUAAAAUACCUGUGUUGCAAAACCAGGCCAUGUGAGCUUCGACUCUGAGCAAGGUGGGCAGUCUGCCAUUAAUUCAGAUGGGGCCACUUUUGCCAGAGCUACUGGUGCAGAAAUUUCAGGAUCAGCUCCUAAAUAGUAAGAGCUGCAAUUCAUAGUUGAAUGUGAACUCCUGUCAUCAUUGGGAAGAUGAACAAUAGCAUGUAGUUAGAAUAAAAGUGGCUUGUCUAGUCACAAUUCAAGUGGUUUGCAACAAAUGUGGCAGGAAAUUGGCUGUAUGUUAAAGUCUGAAAUAUUUACAUUCACUCACAGCACUUAAAUGUUAAAGUGAAGGGAAGAGGUCCUUUUAUUAGCCUCAGCAAAAUUUCUAUGUCAACCAUAAAAUAUUCUCUUAAAAAUAAUUUUUCUUAAGGUAUCUUCCAAAUACUGUGUAUUUUUAUGUGGAAAGGAUAUGAAAGCAACUGUUACUUCAGAAUAUCAUUUAAAGUACUUGAGGUAUGAAAGCUUAAAGAUUAUUUAAUCAUUUUGGUAUAACUUGAGUGUUGUAAUUUUUGGUCAAGCAUGUUAGAUGAAUAAAGUCUUAAAAGAACAAAACAA